AUGCUUAAUUAUUUUUUUGUGCCAGAUGACCGCGUAUCAUCUCGACGUAUCUUAGAUAUACCUGAAGCAUUGGAAACUUUAGAGCGGUGUUACCGACUUCUAGCUUCUGCUAAGCCAGGACGAACUCCACUAUCUGCGUCGUCUAAUAAUGCUACUCCACCACAUGUACUAGGCAGAUUUCUCAAAAAACAAGUGUUCGAUUUAAUCAAAUAUAGAAUUACAAAACUUGAUCACAAUUUAUUUGACGUUAUAUGGCCAGCUGUCAAAAAAUUACCUGAUAACAAGAAUAUUAUACAAACAGUAGAGGAAGAUUUUCCCGGUGGAGUUUCAGCCCCUGAUUAUUAUGUUUAUGAGGUAUUUGCUGAAUUUUUAUUGCCACUUAUCAGGGAUAUUCAUAAUAUUAAUAUUCAAGCGGAUUUGCCUGAACAUCCUACAUCUGACUUUACUAAAAACACAAUAUCAACACAGUCAUCCGAACCUUUAAUCGAAAUAAAUAUAGAUCCUAACGACGAAUUUGUCCUAUCGGGAACUAUAGAAUGUUCAAGAAAUAUAGAUUGCCUUGAAUUACCACUUAAUCUUAAAAUUGGUAAAUUAGAAAGCGUUGAAAGAGUAAUUACAACAAUUUUAAUGAGAGAAGAUUUUGCUUUAAUAAGUGGACAAGUCAAUGCUGAAUCAGACCAUAAAGGAGGUACCUAUUACACAUUAAAUGAGAUACUAGAAAAGCCUUCAGAAGUAUCUGCUAUUUUAGCGUCAGCUGGAUUAUUAAUACCUCUCUGUGAUAGAGACGAAAUUGACGAUUGUAACCGCCUCCAUGGUAAAUAUUGGCCAUAUGCGCGUGGUGUGUUUAUCAGCGAUGAUAAAACAAUUGCCAUUUGGAUUAAUGUGCACGAUCAUUUACGCGUACUCAUUUCCACGCCUGCUGAUUCACCAGGAGAUAUUGGCAUUACAUUUACCAAACUGUAUCAUAUAAUGACAUACUUACAUGAUAAACUCGAUUUUGUUUGGGAUCACAAGCUUGGUCACUUGUCUAGCCGACCAACUUUUCUUGGAGCCGGUAUUCGUUUUAGUCUAAUAGUCAACAUUCCAGGGUUAGCAAAAGAUACUGAUAAUAUAAAGUACUUGUGUGCCAUGAGAGGAUUGCAAUAUAGAGAAACGCUAAAUACUGAUAUUGCUAGAAUAAGCAAUUAUCAAUGUUUGAGCAUAUCAGAAUUCAAUUGUUUUAACGACUUUGCUACAGCAACAUCAAACCUCCUACACUUAGAAAAAGAUUUGUCGAUGCAAAAUUCUGCUCAUGUAGCUACGAUGCUAAGUAAUAUAUUUCGAAGAAAAAGAAGCAGUUUAGCUGAUAUUCACGAAUCAGUGGACCGAUUUCAAGAAAAUCAUUAA